UAUUAGUUGGUAUAAAUGUUGUCAUCUGUGAUUACAUUACACCAUGAUUUUCCGCCACAAUCGAGCAAAACCACGCCCUCCUAUAAAACGCAAGUUCAUAGUCAUGGACAGCUAAAAGUGAUUGAAUACGGAGACAUGAAGAGAACUCAUCUGUGUGGAGUCCUGCUCAUCGCUUUAUUAGCGAUACUUUCUUCCACUUGCUCAGGAUAUCAUCUGGAGACUUCAUAUGACGCUACGAGUUCGAAUGUUGACUCUUCGAUCGAUGAUUUGUCAAGACAGAAAAGGCAAAUUGAAAAUUUUGACACAGAUGACUAUCCGACCACUCCCAAUCAAGAUGUUCAAGAGGAAACCAGUUUUUGGGAUCGAGUGGUUAAAGUAGCCCUGCAGUUAUUCAGCAGAUUUGUUGAAUGGUUAAACUCAUAAAAAAACUAUGAAACUAGAAAAAUCUUAUUUAUUUUGAUUAAUGUUAUUGUUUUAUGUAUAAAUAGAAUUGAACAGAUGCUUGGGACAUGUGAACAUUUUCUAUGCUGUAAAUACAAAUGUAAAACAAAUAA